AUAUACCAUAUACAUCUGGAUCCCAAAUCCAAUAUGCCAUCCUGCAUCUAAUUCUUAUUAUUGGGAAAUGGCCGACUCCAGUUGGAUUUGUUUACUUUUGAUGACAUUCAUUUCAUGUGUUUUACAUGUGCAUUCGGAAACGAUAUCAACAGAAGUCGAAGCGCUGGGCUUAAUAGCCACGGCGGUUCAGCGGGAUCCAAAUGGACACCUUAUCCUGUCGGCUGGCAAGGAGCAAAAGCUUCUCCUAGUUGGCCGAAAUUUCCAAUCAGAUACCGAGGUUGCUUUUACUAUGAAACGACAUGACAGAGGCGAGUCCUGCGAAGAACACGGUGAAAUAUCAAAGAAAUUUACCAUCAACAUUGACGGUCUAAAUGUGAGCAGCACAGGUGUCUCAAACAUUCAGCUUGAUCAUGUCACAGAAGAAAAUCAAUUUUUUUAUGUGUGCAUAAAGCAUAUCAAAGGCAAGGACAUCUCAUGGAUUCAUCAAGGAGACAGUUUAUAUUUGAAAUUUGCGGUACAAAAAGCCUCUAAGACCUUUAUGCCAGUUUGGCUUCAAAUAAUAUUUAUCCUGAUACUGUUAUCCAUGUCUGGACUCUUCAGUGGACUGAAUCUGGGUUUGAUGUCACUCGAUCAAACCGAGCUGAAAAUAAUAGCUAGUUGCGGAAAAUCAAGUGAAAAAAAAUAUGCCAAAGUGAUUGCCCCAAUUAGAAAGAAAGGGAAUUAUCUGUUAUGUACAUUGUUGCUUGGGAAUGUUCUUGUCAAUAACAGUUUGACAAUUUUGUUAGAUAAUCUUACAAGUGGACUGAUAGCUGUUAUAGGUGCAACAGCUUUCAUUGUGAUAUUUGGUGAAAUUGUUCCUCAGGCCAUUUGUUCAAGACAUGGAUUAGCUAUUGGAGCUAAAUCUAGGUUCAUCACAUACUUUUUCAUGAUAGUGACGUUUCCUCUUUCAUUUCCGAUCAGUUUGUUACUUGAUAAAAUUCUUGGUAAGGAAAUUGGACAAGUAUAUAAUCGAGAAAAGCUUAAAGAACUUAUUAAAGUUACAAAAGAUGUCAGUCGUUUGGAUGACGGCGAAGUUGCCAUUAUAUCGGGAGCUUUAGAAUUAACAAAAAAGACAGUUUCGGAUAUUAUGACACCUAUUGAAGAUGUCUUCAUGUUGGAUUAUAAUGACAUUCUCAGCUUUGAAACCAUGAGUGAGAUCAUGAAAAAAGGUUAUAGCCGAAUACCAGUGUAUGAGAACAGCAAACAAAACAUUGUUGCUCUAUUGAACAUUAAGGAUCUGGCAUUGAUAGACCCUGAUGAUAACACCCCAUUGAAAACCAUCUGCAAAUAUUACCAACACCAUCUUCUGUUUGUUUUUGAUGACCACAAACUGGACCAGAUGCUGCAAGAUUUUAGGCAGGGUCAUUCACACAUGGCAAUCGUGCGUAUUGUGAACAGCGACGGACCAGGAGACCCGUACUACCAGACGCUGGGCGUCGUCACACUGGAGGACGUCAUUGAGGAGAUCAUCCAAUCUGAGAUUCUGGAUGAGACUGAUACACUCGUCGACAACAAAAAGAAGAUGCCUCGUAUGCUGCCUCGCCAGGACUUCAGUGUUUUCAACCAGUCAGAGGACGACAAUCGACACAUCCUCCCGCCACAGAUGUCUGUCGCAGCCUUCCAGUUCCUGUCAACAUCGGUGGAACUGUUUGGCGAAAAGAACAUUUCCGACAACAUUCUGAGGAAGUUGAUCAAGCAGAACAUCGUUGUUGAGGUGAACGGACAGAAGCACAAGGAACAGUUCCUCUACAAGGAGGGUGUACCCUGUGAUUACUUUGUGCUUAUACUGCAGGGCCAUGUGGAGGUUAGAAUUGGUAAGGAGAACCUGGUGUUCCUUGGAGGACCCUUCACAUACUACGGAGUCAACGCACUCAGGGUGAGUGAUACGAUCCUCAACCCAAAGAGCAGCUCAGACUCCAUCUACACGAAGUACGAGCCCUACAUACCCGACUUCUCCCUCAAGGCUGUCGACAACAUCCUCUUCCUGCGCAUCAAACGCACGCACUACAUCGUGGCCAGGCGAGCCACCCUCAUGGGACGGCAUGAACAGGACAGCACGAAAGAAGACGAGACCUUCACCGCCGAGUGGGAACAUGCCUCCACUAUCAACUGCAACCAUAACAACCAGGAUGAGAGCACCCAAGUUAAUGGACCUGUUUUUACUGUUUCCAACAUCAGCGAGCAGCAAAACCCUCCGUCGUAUUCUAGUACUCAAUUGCCCAGUGCUUCAAAUAUUACUGGAACGAGGGAAAGAACAGACUCCAAUAUCUCUGGAUGGAGUUUUCCCAACUCUGAAAAGCUGGAGAUGGAUUUAGAUUUGACUAGUAAGGAUCCGGAGAUCGUUGGUGAUAAACAUGCAAUUGGGGGUGAUAAACAGAAAUGUCAAAGUGUGAAGUAUAUGAAUGAAAGUGAAGCGCUCGAAGACCAUAUUGCAGGGGAGUUUACUCCGUUAAUGACUAAGCACUAAUCUCUGGAUCAUAUAGGAUUGUCUGCCUUGAAAUGCUUGUAUUAUGUUUUUUUGUUUCAACUUCAUGGGGAUAGAAUGAAGUUGUGUUUUUUUUUCUAUAGUUUGUUCAUGCACUUUUUUAUAGUUGCAAAAAGUACUUGAUUGUGAUUAACAUUUAUCUUACUUGACUGUUACUUAAUGUUUGAAAUCUAUCACAAUUAAAAAAGACUGCAUAAUCAUGUAACUGUAUUAAAAUCAUAGAAUUCAAUUGUAUAUAACAAUAUUAAAAUCAUAGAAUUCAAUUGUAUAUAACAAUAUUAAAAUCAUAGAAUUCAAUUGUAUAUAACAAUAUUAAAAUCAUAGAAUUCAAUUGUAUAUAACAAUAUUAAAAUCAUAGAAUUCAAUUGUAUAUAACAAUAUUAAAAUCAUAGAAUUCAAUUGUAUAUAACAAUAUUAAAAUCAUAGAAUUCAAUUGUAUAUAACAAUAUUAAAAUCAUAGAAUUCAAUUGUAUAUAACAAUAUUAAAAUCAUAGAAUUCAAUUGUAUAUAACAAUAUUAAAAUCAUAGAAUUCAAUUGUAUAUAACAAUAUUAAAAUCAUAGAAUUCAAUUGUAUAUAACAAUAUUAAAAUCAUAGAAUUCAAUUGUAUAUAACAAUAUUAAAAUCAUAGAAUUCAAUUGUAUAUAACAAUAUUAAAAUCAUAGAAUUCAAGAUGAGCUAUAGUAUUAGCUACAUGUAUUGACAGGCACACGUUUUUUAAUAUUUAUAAACUGGAGAAAUAUUUGAAUUUUCUAUUUUGAAUCUUUAAUUCUUAAAAGAAAAUCAAUGAUAUUCUGCAUAAAAACUGUAAAGAAGCAUGAAUUUUUUUUGCAGAUGGCUGUCUUGGAUAAGUUAAUAAUUUGUUGUUUUGAUAAUUUGCAUACAGGAUGGUUAAAGUGUCUUAGACAAGUUUGUCCUUUUCAAUCACUUAAACUUAUGACAUUUUGAGUGUUUUAAAAAAUAACUACACAGUAUCUCUUUAUUGAUUAUAAUGACAACACUUGCAAGUCGUGUUCUAAAACGGUCUAUUAACCACACAUAAUUGCAGUCGAUCGCUAAAUGAUUUUGAAACCAACUAGAAUGCAUCCCACUUUUCAAUUUAAGAGGUUGCUUAAUUAAGCAGCACAAUUACAAUGUGAGGAUGUUUACUGUAUGUUAUCGUUCAAUACUGACAAAUCUAAACUAUUACUUUAUCGCUUUAAUGAAAUGUGGAAAUAUUCUAAAAUAUUUAAAUUGUGUUGUUUGCCUUACACAACUUGGAUGAAAAAGUAAAGAUCUCAUAGUAAUAUGCAAACAAAGUUUUUAAUUUUCAAUCAAUAUGUCCAUGCUUUUUAUGCUUUCUGUGCUGAUAUCAUAAAUUGCUAAGUGUUUGAAUAUAAUUUGCAUGUUUUUUUAAGCACAGAUGUUUCAAGCAAAGAACAUGUUCAGUUUAAUUUCAAAAUAUGAGCUUGAUUGGUUAACAUAUUCAUGUUCAUUUAUGUCUAAAUAACAAAGUGUCCCACCCAGUACUAAAAUACCAAUGUCAGAUUUUGGCCUGAAAAAAUGUGGCAUGUAUGUACUCUUUCAGAAACUAUGUUAAGCGGAAAUAAAAACAAUAUUUUUAGAUAUACCUAAAGGAAAUAAUAUUAUUGUUUAUUAUAUUAUUAUUUUUGUUUAAAGAUAAAAAUGAUUGUGAUAUUUGUGACGACAACACAAACCGUUUUGCUGAGAUUUUCAGACAUAUUUUUAUUCGGAAACACGAAACUAUUCGCUUAUAAAUUGAAUUUUAUAAUAUAUUAAAACAAGGUUAAACAAAUAUGCAUAUCAUAUUUCAGGACUAGUACCCAUAACUAUUGAAUAUGAAAGAUAAAUGCAAAAAUGUUUCACCGCCAUCUUCAUUAGUCUCUUUCAUUUAUAAAAAUAUUGUUCAAUUUUAUAUUUUGAUGCAUUGGUAUUUUGUUUAUUGAAACACAAUUGUUGUUUUUCAAGCAGUGCAUGUUAACAUCUUUAGUGGUUUUUUUAACCGUUUAAAAUCUGGACCACAUUUGCUAUACGGUAACUUUGCAAUUCAUUCAUUUUUAUUAAAAUUCAUAAAAUUUUAACAACUAAAAUUAAUGAUUCACUAACCAUUUAUUUACUCAAACCGAUAAGUGUGACAAACAGCCUGCGAUCUCUAUAAAACUCUCAAAAAAGUUUCUUGUUUACUAAGAAUAAAUCUAUAUCAACUUUACUUAUCAACUAUUGAUUAAUUAUUUUGUUUUUUUUGUUUUAAAGAUUCAUGUAUGAGUUAUUUUACAUUUGUAGACCACACUCGACAACAAAAUAUGACAUGAUUUUGAUAUAUGAGAGUUGGUUUGUUACGGGGAAAAUGAUUGGUUUAAAACUGACCCAAACAAAUAAAUGUAACAGCAUGCAUAAAAAUAUACCAACAGUCAUAAUUUGUCACCACUGUGACAAAAUUGUUACUGCAGUGACAAAAUAUAUAUUACCCCGGUGACAAAAUUGUUACCGCUGUGACAAAUUGUCACCGCGUUUUUUUUUUGUCACAGCGAUGAUAUCUAUUUUUAGCUGUUGGCGUUUUUGUACUUUUUACCCAAAUGGUACGGCAAAGAUAACAUCUAGAUGAAUUAUUUCUUAACAGCUGGCUCAUUUAUUGUGUAAGAAUGUAACAGCUAGGUCACUAGUUAAGGGUUUUCUGAGUAACUUUGUUGGUGCUCAGAAAUAUGAAUAAUUACUUGUAAAUAAUUACUUGUAGUUGAAAAACAUGAUUUACUGAGGUUACCUGUAAUAAAUACUUUUUUUAUAGAAAAUCUUCAACAUUAAUUUCAAAACAUUUAGUUGCACUCUUUAAGUUUAUGUUUCCAAAGAAUUUUCUGUGUAAGUGGUAGUGGAUACAUUCGAUCGAACAAAAUCAAAUUUCUUAAGUUAACAAAUCUAAUUAUUAACUAAGCACAACUUAAGGUGUUAAUCCCGCUCUAUAUGCGAUAGUCUCAUCCCCCUUUAUAAUGUUUUAUUAUCAUCCUGAAAACAUCUUUGUAAAUAUUAAUGCUCUGAUUUGCAAUGUAAAAUACUUUUUCGAAUUGCAAAAUGUCAGGACAAUGAUGUUUAGCCACCAGUUUUCUUGUUAAAUUGUUUUCGAAAAAGAAGUAGUGCUAACAAAAUAUACAUUCUAUAAUUGCAUGCACAACAAUAUAUUACAUCUCAAGGUUGUAUUUAACGUGUACAAAUGUAUAGAUGUUUCUAUUAAUACAAUGUAAAAACCAUCUCAUUGUAAUUUUGAUUACGCCAAACUUUAAAGAAGGUUGUGCUGCAAGUUUUCUUAUGAUCGUGUAGUUAAAUAAGAACUUUAAGACACCAGAAAUAAUAUUGAUAUUAAGUAUUGUUAAAACAUUUUAUUUAAAGGUAUUUCUGUUUGUUCAGUGAAAAUAACAUUGAAAGGGACUUUUUCACUGAUUUUGGCAUGUAUUGAAGGUUGUCAUUAAAUGCUUUAUAUUGAUAUAAAUGUAAAAAUAGGAUCUUAAAAGCUCCAGAAAAAAAAACAAGAAUAAAAUUAAAGAAAGAAAGAAAAGGUACCCUCAACUGGGCUGGAACCACGGACCCUUGGCGUAAAAGUCUAAUGCUUCGACCACUUGAUCAUCCGUGCUAAUAGAGAAAAUGAUGAAUUUUAUACUUUAUAUAAGCAAUCCUCGUAGUGUCUCAAAAUAUAUCGACAACAACAGAACUCUCCAAAUUAUUGAAUGUUUUUAAAUUGUCACAUGAUGCUUAUAAGGGAUAUUUUAGAGCAUGGUAAAUGUUCAGAAUUACUGUUUCCUCACAAAUAUCAUAACUACAACGAACAUUUGCGAAUCUAAAACAAUUUUUUUCAAUUUUGUCAAUUUACCAAAACAUGAAAAGGUCCCUUCAAUAUUCUUUUAAGGUGUUAAAUGAUGACUUUUCUAUUCUAUUUGGCAAUGUUAGGCAUAUAUGAAGUAAUAUCGGUGCAUUCCAUUGUAUAUUUAUUUGUAAGUUAAUUUCAGAUUAAUAUUUGACACUAUUACAUAAUACUGCUCAUUAAUGUUAUUUCUCUAUGAAUACUUGUUGAUUUUAUAGAAAGUUUGUUUUUAGAUUAUUUACUUUUUGAAAAAUAAAAUAUGAAAAAGUUCAA